AUGGUUAAUGUUUAUAUCGCCACGAUUCCUAGCUCACUGACAAGGCUUACAGCUCUGCAGAUGUUGGAGGUGAGGUGCUGCCAGUGGCUCUCCCAAGUGCCCUCUCGGAUGGAUAUGCUGGUGGGGCUGAAGACGCUGGUGCUGACGGAGUGUGAGGGGCUGAGAAGCCCCCCUGAUCGAUUGCCACCGUCUCUUGAGACCCUCUGCUUGGGACCGUUUGAGGAAGGCUGUGAGCAUGUGGUGGACAUCUCUGGGCUGUGGCAGCUGAGGGUGCUGAAGCUGAACCGUGUUGGGGUGCGACACGGGCCUGCAGUGAGCAGCCGGUUGCCGUGCCGGGAGCAGGGGGAGCAGGGGGAGCAGGGGGGGCAGGGGGAGCAGGGGGAGCGGGGGGAGGAGGGGGAGCAGGGGGAGCGGGGGGAGCAGGAGGAGCAGGGGGAGCAGGGGGGGCAGGGGGGGCAGGGGGUGCAGGUGCAGAAUUUGGAGACGCUGGAGAUGCGUUUGGAUUAUGACAAGCUAGAGCUCCCAAUCCCCUUGACUUUUCUCCCCCGCCUGCGCAGCUUGCUGAUAGAUGCGCCUGAAGUCUGUAGCCUCCCGGAAAGCAUGGGGGCAGCCAUGCCACAGCUGCGGCAGCUGAAGCUGCUUUCUUGGUCACCGGAGGAGCUGCCAGAAAGCAUUGGAGAGCUCCGUUCUCUGACGUCACUUACGAUUGAAGCACCUCAGCUCACCUUCUCGUGUCUCUUCGCGAGCGACUCCGCCCGCUCACACGCUGCACCGCCCGCUCACACGCUGCACCGCCUGAUCGUACGCUGCACCGCCCGCUCGUACGCUGCACCGCCCGCUCGUACGCUGCACCGCCCGCUCGUACGCUGCACCGCCCGCUCGUACGCUGCACCGCCCGCUCGUACGCUGCACCGCCCGCUCGUACGCUGCACCGCCCGCUCGUACGCUGCACCGCCCGCUCGUACGCUGCACCGCCCGCUCGUACGCUGCACCGCCCCGCUCGUACGCUGCACCGCUCGCUCGUACGCUGCACCGCCCGCUCGUACGCUGCACCGCCCGCUCCCACGCUGCACCGCCCGCUCACACGCUGCACCGCCCGCUCACACGCUGCACCGCCCGCUCACACGCUGCACCGCCCGCUCACACGCUGCACCGCCCGCUCACACGCUGCACCGCCCGCUCACACGCUGCACCGCCCGCUCACACGCUGCACCGCCCGCUCACACGCUGCACCGCCCGCUCACACGCUGCACCGCCCGCUCAUACGCUGCACCGCCCGCUCACACGCUGCACCGCCCGCUCACACGCUGCACCGCCCGCUCACACGCUGCACCGCCCCGCUCAUACGCUGCACCGCCCGCUCACACGCUGCACCGCCCGCUCACACGCUGCACCGCCCGCUCACACGCUGCACCGCCCCGCUCACACGCUGCACCGCCCGCUCACACGCUGGCACCGCCCGCUCACACGCUGCACCGCCCGCUCCUACGCUGCACCGCCCGCUCACACGCUGCACCGCCCGCUCACACGCUGCACCGCCCGCUCACACGCUGCACCGCCCGCUCACACGCUGCACCGCCCGCUCACACGCUGCACCGCCCGCUCACACGCUGCACCGCCCGCUCAUACGCUGCACCGCCCGCUCAUACGCUGCACCGCCCGCUCAUACUCUGCACCGCCCGCUCAUACGCUGCACCGCCCGCUCAUACGCUGCACCGCCCGCUCAUACGCUGCACCGCCCGCUCAUACGCUGCACCGCCCGCUCAUACGCUGCACCGCCCGCUCAUACGCUGCACUGCCUGCUCAUACGAUGGCCCCUUCUCUCAAGAUGGGGAAAGGGGAGGAAGGGGGCAGUAG